CAUGUUUUAAAUAACUAAAAAAUGCAAACUUAAAUAUGCAGUUUGUUUGUUCCUCUUAUCCUAAUUUGGAGCCCUAGCUACUGCAAAUUUGGGGAUUCAUCCUUACCAAUCAUAAACUCCAAAACAACAACACAGAAGUCAAAUUGAAAAGAUGGAAUGGUGGGUCUCGGUUCCAAAAGUGGAAUUGCAUGCCCACCUUAACGGCUCCAUACGAAAUUCAACUCUCUUAGAACUUGCUAGAGAAUUGGGUGACAAGGGUACCAUUGUCUUUUCCGAUUUCGAGCAUGUUAUUAGGAAAAAUGACCGGACGCUACGUGAAGUGUUCAAGCUGUUUGAUCUUAUCCAUGUGGUUACGACGGACCACAAAACGAUUACAAGAAUUACUAAAGAAGUUGUUGAAGAUUUUGCAGCGGAGAAUGUGGUUUAUCUAGAGUUAAGAACAACUCCAAAGAGGAAUGAUUCAAUCGGUAUGAGCAAGCGAUCAUAUAUGGAAGCUGUUGUUGACGGUUUAAGAUCUGUGAGUAGUAGUAAUCUUGACAUCAAUUUUUCUUGUGACGAUCUUGAGAAAUUUUCAAAAAAUCAAACCAAAAAGAAGAUAAUUGUUAGACUUCUACUUAGCAUCGAUCGCCGUGAAUCCACCGCGUCUGCAAUGGAAACCGUUAAUCUUGCUCUGGAAAUGAAGGAUAUGGGUGUCAUCGGCAUUGAUCUUUCCGGCAAUCCGACCGUUGGUGAAUGGGCAACGUUUUUUCCGGCUUUGAAGUUUGCCAGAGAACAAGGUCUUUCGGUUACACUUCACUGUGGCGAGGUACCUAAUUCAGUUGAAAUUCAAGCGAUGCUCGACUUUCUUCCUGGUAGAAUUGGGCAUGCGUGUUGCUUUCAAGAUGAAGAAUGGAGAAAACUGAGAUCAUACAAAAUCCCGGUUGAAAUAUGUUUAACAUCCAACAUCCGAACCGAGACAAUUUCUUCCGUAGAUGUCCAUCAUUUUGCCGACCUUUACAAGGAAAACCAUCCCAUUGUCCUUUGCACAGAUGACACAGGCGUAUUCUCGACGAGUCUUUCCAACGAAUACGCCCUUGUAUCUUCGGCUUUUGGUCUUGGAAAGAUGGAAUUGUUUGAACUAGCUAGAAAAGCGGUUGAUUUCAUAUUUGCUGGAAAUGAGGUAAAGAUGGAACUGAUGAAAGUUUACGAAUCCGCUGCUACGACGCUAUAGUACAGCAAGAUACAAGACUGUCAAGUAGACAAGUAUUGUGAUGUUGCUAUACAUUCUUUGUGGAACACAAUGGUAUGAGAGUAUAUAUUUUCAUGACCAUUGUAUGUUGACCAUAUUAUGGUUCUAUCUUGACCUUGGAAAUUG